UACAGCGCGUAACACCAUAUACAGAGCGUAAUACACAUGCAGUCUGCACAUGCCUUCGUAUCAAAACACCACGGAAAAUUCUCAAUAUUGCGACCCAGAAAACUUUGGAGCAAUGGUUGCAACGAGUGACCAAGAAAUCGAUUCGCUUCUCUCUAGUUUCGAUCAGAUAUACGAGGAUUUCAAGAGUGGAAUAACGGAAAUCCAAUUGCUGAAAUCGAACUGGAGUGCAGAAAUCAAGAAGAGAGAGGCUCUUGAAGUCAAUUGCCUAAGUUUGAAACAUGAAAAUGAGCGGCUAACUAAGCUGUACACAGAAUCUUUAGAUAAUAUAGCCGAUCAGCUUGAGAGCCGGAUCAAAUGUCAAAGCCUGAAGGAGGAGGUGAAAAGACUCGGUGAUGAGAAUCUCAGAAAAGAAGAGGAAUUUAGGAAGCGCAUGGAAUUGCUUAACCAGGACUACACAACUAAGGUUGGAGAAUUAGAGGACCACGUCAGAGGCUUAAUACUCGAGAAGGCAAAAAGUGAGGCAACCAUGAAUCACCUCCGCCAAGAUUUAGCAGCUCAUAAAUCUCAUAUGCAAACUCUAGCAAUCAGGUUGGAACGGGUCCAUUUUGAUGUGGAGUCAAAAUAUAAUCUCGAGAUUCAAGAUUUGAGGGAUUGUCUCUCGGUUGAACAGGAAGAGAAGAAUGAGUUGAAUAAGAAACUCCAAGAUUUGGAAAAGCAAUGUGAGUAGGUGGUCCUAUUAAUGCCUUAUUUUGCUGGCUGGCUCUGCAUAUUUUUUGCUUCUCUGGCCAUAAAUGACUUAGUUUGAGUCAAGUUUAAGGCACAUGUAUGGAGACUUAAUUUUUCCACUAGAAUCAUGUUUGGACGCUGAUAAAUUGCAGUAGUGAUUAGCAAAACAAAAUUGGUCGAACAGCAGCAAGACUUGGCCUCAAAUCGUCUAGUUGAAACGCUGAAGGCAAAGAUUAUGAAACUGCGGAAGGAGAAUGAGAUUUUGAGAAGGAAGCUUUCUCAUUCGGAAGAGGGCUGAGAGGGUUAGAGGGUACUAGCUGAAGCUGUUGCACUGGCAAAAGUGAUGCCUUGCCGUUUUGGGUUCAACUCCCUGUAUGUAUAAUCAGAUUGCAAUUAAUCCAUCUGAUAGGCGUAUUGAAGAGUCUCAAAGUGGAAUUGCUUCUGCUUGAGGAGUCUGUCCAGAUAGGGUACCAUAAGUAUGUUUUGGGAAGUGCUGUGAUGUUGCACUGACACAUAGACAUGCUAUAGAGAGAUAUUUCCCUAUAUCAUUAGAAAACGAGAUUACCUUAGAGAUCUCCUAUCAAACCUUGGAGAUCUCCUAUCAAAUUUCCCCUUUCAGCAAUAUGAAGAACCUUAAUUUGCUGCCUCGAUGAUUUCCGCUUAACAAGAAUUUGUCUUUUACACUCAUUCAGUCAUUUUUCGUUAGGCAUUAAGAAGCUCACAGUUCUUUCUUAUAUUUUGUGUACGGUUAGCAGACUGGGCCUAAUUCUACUCCCUCUAUCUAUAUCAUCUUCUUCCUAGACUUCAGCCUUAUUUUUUGAGCAAGCCAGCGAGCUGGACCUUAACAAGGGAUUAUGAACCUCAAGUUUAGACUGCAUUAUCUGUGUGAUUCUCAAAUUUAUAAACAUGUUUGUAGACAAGCACAUAUUGAUAUCUAUAGAUAACACAUCCAAAUGGACGUAGGUGUACACAGCACAUGCAUAUAUAACAUGACAUGAAUAUAUAUACACGUAGUAUGCUUGGUGUAUUCUAUAAUUUGAUUUCUUUUAUAUCAAAAUAUAUAGAGGAAUACAUGCACUCUCAACCUAUGUUCACAGUUUUUAUUUUUGCUUAUCAGUAUAUUUCAGAAUUGGGAUUCGACCGUACAUUUUUCUAAUUUUAAUGUUUUUGUUUUUUUUUG